CCGGCGCCAGCAGGAAGGGCGCCGCGCGUCGCACGUGUCCGGAGGAGGCGGGCGGGCCCAUGGCGAGCUCCGCGGGUCUGGCACUGUGCGCCCAGACACUGGUGGUGCGGGGAGGCAGCCGGUUCCUAGCCUUCUCCACUGCGAGCAGCGACGAUGGCUGCAUCUUCACAUACGACUGCAGUGCUACAGAGAAGAAGUCCGCGCCAGAAGAUAAAGGGGAGGACGGACAGCCUGCUGACAGGGGGAGUGACACGAUUCUGGCGUCCACCUUCUCCAAGUCUGGCGGCUACUUUGCUUUAACCGAUGACAGUAAGCGUCUGAUUCUUUUCCGUACAAAACCAUGGCAGUGUCUGAGUGUCAGGACAGUGGUACGGAGGUGCACCGCCCUGACCUUCACAGCCUCGGAGGACCGAGUCUUGGUGGCUGACAAGUCUGGAGACGUCUACUCCUUCUCUGUGCUGGAGCCGGAUGGAUGCGGCAGGCUGGAACUCGGGCACCUCUCCAUGCUGCUAGAUGUGGCUGUGAGUCCUGAUGAGCAGUUUGUGCUCACUGCAGACCGGGAUGAGAAGAUCCGGGUCAGCUGGGCUGCCGCUCCACACAGCAUCGAGGCUUUCUGCCUGGGACACACGGAGUUUGUGAGUCGCAUCCUUGUAGUGCCCGGUCAUCCUGAGCUGCUGCUUUCUUCCUCUGGGGAUGGCACCCUGAGACUCUGGAAGUACAGAAGCGGUUGCCAACUGCAGUGCUGUGACCUGGCCAGCCUACAGGAGCCUGGAGAGCAUCCAGGCCACAAGGGCUUGGCGGCAUCCAGGAUUGCAUUCUGGGCACAGGAGAGCUGUGUGGUGCUUCUGUGUGAGUGCGUUCCUGUGCUCUUCGUCUUCCAGCUUGAUGCCAGCAGACAGCAGCUGGUGUUCAGACAGCGGCUGACUUUCCCGCACCGAGUGUGGGAUGUUGUAUUUGAGGAGACUCAGGGGCUGUGGAUUCUACAGGAUUGCCGUGAUGCGCCCCUGGUGCUCUGGAGGCCCGUGGGCGGUGAGUGGCAGGCUGCUCCAGACGGUGCUGUGUCCCAGAGGCUCUGCAGCCAUCUCCGUGAGUGCUGGGCCAUGCUGGAAGGCUCUGUUGGUGCAGAUGACGGCUUCCGCAGCCUGUACAAGGCCACCUUUGACAACAUGACCUCUUAUCUGAAGAAAAAGGAAGAGAGACUGCAGCAGCAGCUGAAGAAAAAGCGGCAAAGGAGCCCCCUUCCGGGGUCCCCAGAACAGACCAAGAGGGCGUGCCCAGGGCAGUCGGCCCUGAGUUGCUGACCUUGGGCUUGGCCGCAGCUCCCAUCCCCGAGGCCCCAGGGUAGCUCUCUCCUCCCUUCUGCCUGGUUCAUCCCUAAGGAGGGAGAUAGUGGCAGCUUAGUCCCCACCAGUAGCUCAACAGUCUGAUCUCCAGAGACUGCCUUUGUCACUGAGAGCAGACUCCUGCCCGGCUGCAGGGAAGACAGGUGGUGUUAGCUAAUGAGUCUAGCUGUGUGGCAGCACCUUCACAUUGAAGGACACACUGACUGUGUCAGUGCCACAGUGAUGUUCCUGGGGAUCUUCUCUAGGGAGGCCUGCAGGCAGGACCUGCUCUCACAUCAUUGCCGAGGGCUCUCCAGGUGGAGCUCCUGGCUCAUGCAGCUGCUCACUGUUGUGAGGCAGAUUUGGUUGGUGCUAUUUCUCUGUAGCACUGCACUCCUGUAGCCUCAACUCUGGUCUGCUCAGCCCAGACCCAGCAAGCUUCAGGACUCUGGGGGUGUGACCCUGCCAGGCCAGCCUGUUUUACAGGAAAGGAUGGUGAUCUUGAGGCUCUGUUGCUCUGAACUGCAUACACUGCAGAACAGAAGGGAAUGAGCAGAAUCCACAGCGUCAAUAAAGACAAGCUUUGCAUA